CUACGUUUUUCACUGAAUUCUUGGACUGAAACUGGAACCUAAUCUCACUCACCCAUAACAAAAUUCCGAACCAAACCCUUGGCACCAUUUCUGUCCGAUUUUAAAGCUUGCAUUACGAGGUCUGAAAUCGAUUAAGGAUAUUUAUUUACUGGAAUAGGAGUUUACAAUGUGUGUUAUACUGGGCUGAUUUUCCAUUCUGAGAUAUAGCAACCUUACACACCAAGAAUGAACUUGCUUUUAAGAAUAAGGCAUUAUUUACCGAAUGGUUUAUAUAGACAACCUUUUCAUCGAACUGUGGUAGGGCUUAAUGCUAGUAAUGUUAAAGUAUUUUCAAGAAAUCUUGGUCAAGCUGCAAGGAAAGAGGAGGAGGAGGAUGUCGAGGAAGUGGAAAUCGACCAAAGAAGUCUCCCAGCUGAUUUUGACCCUGCAACAUUUGAUCCUACUGAGCAUCAUAGCCCCCCAUCAGAAAGAGUUUUCAGGCUUGUUGAUGAAAUGGCAUCUCUUACGCUAGCCGAAGCUGCCGAAUUGGGUCUCAUUCUGAUGAAGAAAAUGGGGAUUAAGGAGUUGCCUAACGUGGGGUUUAUGAAACCCGGAGCUGCGAGUUUGGCCGGAAUGGCAACAAAAGCACCAGCAGCAGCCAAGGAGGAGCAAAAGCCAGAAAAAACUGUAUUUGAAUUGAAACUGGAGUCCUAUGAAGCGGCUUCGAAAAUUAAAGUCAUCAAGGAGGUUCGCGGUUUUACUGAUUUAGGUUUGAAGGAGGCAAAGGAUUUGGUCGAAAAAACACCUUCUAUUAUUAAGAAAGGUGUUUCAAAGGAAGAAGGAGAACAGAUAAUAGAGAAAAUGAAAGCUCUUGGUGCAAAAGUUGUUUUGGAAUGAAGUGAUGUAUGUUGUUUCUUGGAAAGAUGUUUCUUCCAGUAUUCAAAAUUUUUACAAGUUACCUGAAAUUUUGAAAAUUUCAUGUUGUUGGCCAAGGAUACUACAAAUUUUGCUGGUGUUGUGUUUCAUGUUGUGCUCAUUUUUUAGCAUAAACUGAAAAUUUGAUUUUUUGCAGCUAUGAAACAUUAUCCUUCAUGUCCUUCUAUAUGUAAUAA